AUGUCAUCGAAUCCAUCCAAAGCACCUGUGCUGGAAGUACUGAGUAGAGAUGCAUCGCACAGUUUCGAAGUCCCCACCAAACGCAUCCACGAUGGCGACGACGUCACUUUUUUCUUGGCAAGCAGAGCCUAUGCCGAUAUCAUGACUUUCGUCUUCCAGCUUAACACGGCCAUGAUACCACGGAAGAUCAAAAACGAAGAGAAGAAUAGCACAGAAUCGGCGAAAGAAUGGAAGUUGAACGACCCAGAUAUGCCCCAUCCACCCGUGGUGCAAAGCCUCGCCAAGCUUAUCGAUGCCCUGACUUCCAUCAUCGAUGAAGCGCCACCAGAUCCUGGACCGCGUCGUUUCGGAAACGUAAGCUUCAGGACCUGGUACGACAUUGUCAGAGAAAGAGUUCCUGGGUUGUUAGAUCAAUAUUUGCCGGAAGAAGUACUCUCUUUCAAAUCCUCAUCCGACGUCUCAGCCAAGACCGAGCUGGAAGCCUAUCUCAUCGGCAGCUUUGGUAGCUCUCAACGCCUAGACUACGGUUCAGGUCAUGAACUGAGCUUUCUCGCUUUCCUCGGCUGUCUUUGGAAACUCGGAGCUUUUCCUACGUCACAGGAUGGAGAGCAAGAACGCGGCAUUGUCCUGGGGGUUAUCGAACCGUACCUCGCCUUGAUACGCCGACUCAUCAUGACAUACACUCUGGAGCCUGCUGGGUCGCAUGGCGUAUGGGGACUAGACGACCACUCUUUCAUACCAUAUAUAUUCGGUAGCGCACAACUCUCACCAGCCAUCAACACACCAGCAGACGUAGCAGCAGAAGGCUCAUUGCCAUCAGCUCCCCACCCCGGCGAUGUAGCGAAAGCUCCCGCGGUAGCCAGAGAGCGGACCCGGAACAUGUACUUCAGCGCUAUCGGCUUCAUCUACGACGUCAAGAAGGGUCCAUUCUGGGAACACAGCAACAUACUCUACGACGUCUCCGGCGUAAAGGCAGGAUGGGCCAAGAUCAACAAGGGAAUGAUCAAGAUGUACAACGCAGAAGUCCUGUCUAAGUUCCCGGUAGUCCAGCACUUCCCCUUCGGCUCCCUCUUCUCCUUCUCUGCCGAUCCGAACGCGAAGACCAUCCAAGCAAGUGUCCACACAGCCAGUCAGCCAAAGUCGAGUACCCCAUCUAAUACGGCACCAACUGCAAGACCCCAGCCCGCGUUGCGCGAUCCGAUGGCUGAGCCAUCUGCUGGCAUGCCAGGUCGAGGCCCACCUGGCGGUAUGGUAGGGACCGCAGCGCCAUGGGCUAGUGCAGGGGCUACUACUGGUGCCAGAGGGCCGGGUGGUGGUAUGCCAGCUGCGACUGCUGCUCCCUGGGCUAGUGCUCGAGGUGCGGACGCCGGUGUACCCAGUGGUCCGAACCAGCCCACGAAAGCACCUUGGGCGAGUCGAACGCCUGCACCGCCGCCGCCGGGAGAUGGUACCACAGCGCCAUGGGCAAAGGGGAACGCUGGGAGUGUCCCGAACGAGCCAGAGAGCACGAAGGCACCUUGGGCGAAUAAGAGAUGA